AUGGGCACCAUCUCAUCCGUGCUACAAUGGUCAUGCACCAAGUGCAACACGAUCAAUCCCACGGAAUCGCUCAAGUGCUUCAACUGCGGCACCGUGCGCAAGGUCUUCCCUAAUCCCAUCCAGCAGCAUCAGACGCAGCAGCAGCGGCGAAUAGCAGGAGGAGGAGGAGGUGGCGGAGAAGCUGCUGGAACUGGAGCCUGGCCAGCUGAUGGAGUCGAGCAGACAGCGGAUAAGGAGAAGGGUAGAGCGGUUGCCAGGAGCGAGUACAAGCAUGUGUACAAGUCGCUGCUGCGCGGAUGCUUGAAGCGGCCGCAGAGGAACAGCCAGAACCUGCCUGCCAACUGUGUGGACUGCGAGGAUACGCGCAAGUACAUCAAGAGCUCCAUCGAGCUCUAUCGUCACUUCUCCAAUCCGGCACUGAACCGGCGCUGGGUGUGCCACGCCUGCACCACCGACAACAGCUCCGUCACCUGGCAUUGUCUCAUCUGUGACACGGUUAGCUAUCUGGCGCCCAUCUACAAGGACGGCAUUAGUGGCGCCAGCUGUGGUGACCGUGGCCAGGAGCUAGCCGGCAGCCUUGGCAAUCGAGGCGAGCUGCUGGCCGAUAGCCAUCAUCAUCACCAACAGCAACCACAGCAGCAUCAGCUACACCAUCACAAUCACAAUCAGGAGGAAGAGGAACAGCACCACCCGCACCAGCUACAGUCACAUUCCCAGCACUCGCACAAGCGACUACUCAAAAGCAGCAGCAGAUCGGGAUCGGGAUCUGGCUCCGGUUCAGCUUCAGGAUUGACGGCAUCAGGUGCAUUGAGGCGCACCCAGAGCCUGAGCACCGCCAUCGAUAAGAGCGCCUCUGGGCGCAGCUGCCACAUCUGCUAUGCGAAUAACCAGAGCAAGGACAUCUUCAACCUGCCGCAGGUCAAGCCAUCGCCACAGCUGACGACAGGCAUUCCACCCGUCGUGGCCGCUUGCAGCAACUCGCGGUUCGCCAUUGCCAACGAUACGUUUUGCCGGCGCAAGCAGAAUAACAACAAUAAGAACCAGAACCACAAGGUGGUGCGCGAGAGCGGGGCCAAGCGGAAGUACAACUUCACCAUUACCACGCUCUCGCGGUCAGCGACCAAGGAUGUCCAAAAUCCGGCUAAACCUCCCCGCCAGCCUCUGAAUCUUCAUCAGCAGCUGCAGCAGCAGCAGAAGCACCAGAACCAAAGCCAGACCCAGAAUCAGAGCCAGAGCCCCAGCCAGGGCCAGCAAGUGCAACGGAAGGUGCAGCGAGAGCCAGCAGCAGUGAGUAUGAAUCCAUCGCAGUUCACCAUUCCGCGGAACGGCGUCUUCAUAGCCGUCAAUGAGUGGUCAGAGCCAGCGGCAGCCAGCUCCAGCUCCAGCUCCAGUUCCAAUCAUCAACAUCACCAUAGCAACUGCAUCAACAACAACAACAAUAACAAUAACAUCAGCGACAGCGGCAACACCAGCAGCAGCAACACCAACAGCAAUGGCGGUGGUGGUGGCAAUGGAAACAGCAACAAGUUGUAUGAGAACGAAUGCGUAGCUUUGGCCCAACAGCAGUUAAGAGCAGCUGCCUCCCAGGCAGCCCAGGCAGCUGCCACAGCGGUGGCCAUUGCCAGUUCGGAUACCCCAGGCAGCGGUGGGCUAGUGCCCAUUUAUGCGCAAGUCAACAAGCAGCACAAGCUCAAGAAAAAGCAGCAGCAGCAACAGAUCGUCGAAUGUUCGCAGGCGAAUAACAAUGGCAGCGGCAGCGGGGAGAUUACUGAUUUGACCAGCAGCGAAUCCCUGACCGGGCUAGGAGCCAGCACCGAUGGCAGCGGUGGUGCCAGCGGUGAGGCCAGCGAGUCCGAGUCGCAAAUUGAAGAGCAUUCCAUCUACGCCAAGGUGUGGAAGGGACCGCGGAAGGCGACCGAAUCGAAAAUCACUCAUGAUCCAUCGGGGGGCAGCGGUCGCCUGAUAGUAGCCAGCGGAAGAUCCGCAGCACCAGUACGUCACGACAAUAAAGCACAGCUGGGGAAUAGCAACGGCAGCCGCAGCAAGAUGUGGACAUGCAUCAAAUGUUCCUAUGCCUACAAUCGACUCUGGCUGAAGACGUGCGAGAUGUGUGAGGCCAAGCUAGAUCAGCAGCAACAGCAGCUCCAGCAGCAGCAGCAGGCAGGUAGGUUAUCCUCCUUAGAUAAGCUAUAUAUCAAACCAUUUAACCAACCUUUAACUCUUCCAGAAAAACCCCGCGAUGAGCCGUGGACGUGCAAAAAGUGCACACUGGUGAACUACUCAACGGCAAUGGCCUGUAUAGUAUGUGGCGGCUCUAAGCUGAAGAGCAUCUCCUCCAUUGAGGACAUGACGCUGCGCAAGGGCGAGUUCUGGACCUGCAGUCACUGUACUCUAAAGAACUCGCUGCAUUUGCCGGUGUGCAGUGCCUGCAAGUCACUUCGCCAGCCGCAGCUAUCCAUGGCCAUGGAAGCAGUACGCGAACGACCCGAUGGCCAGUCGUACGAAGAGCAGGAUGCCAGUGCAACCUCUGGAGGCUCAGGCGGCGGUGGUGGAGGUAAUAGCGAGGUGAAAACACCCACAGCUUUGAAUCUUCCUCUGCCGCCAGUUUCGCUGCCUAUGCCUUUGCUGCAGAUACCAGCGGCUUCGGCGCCAAGUCAUCGUGGCUCGCGCAGUCCCUCGCCCAGGAUGCAGCAGCUGCCGCCGCUUCAGCAACAGCAGCUGCCACCACAGCAGCGCAGCUCUUCGGGUGCCAUUCCCAAGCGUCACAGCACUGGCGGCUCCAUUGUUCCCAGGAAUAUCUCAAUCGCUGGCCUGGCCAGCUAUAAUAUUCAGCAGGGUCAGGGCGUGGCCUCCGCCUCUGUGGUCGCGCCAGGAGCUGGCUCCAGUGCCAUCUCCAGCACUGCCAAAAAGUGGCAAUGCCCGGCUUGCACGUACGAGAACUGUGCUGCUUCUGUUGUCUGUGACAUCUGCUCCAGUCCGCGUGGACUUGCGACCGCUGUAUUGGGUGAAGCGCUGGCCAGAAAGUCUAUUCGCGUAGCCCUCACUCCGGCGGACAUUCGGCAGGAAAGCAAGCUGAUGGAGAACCUGAGACAACUGGAAGAAACCGAGGCGCUGACCAAGUGGCAGAACAUCAUUCAGUAUUGUCGCGACAACAACGAGCUCUUCGUCGAUGACUCAUUUCCGCCGGCCCCGAAGAGCCUCUACUACAAUCCGGCUGGAGGAGCGGCCGAGGGUAAUCCCGUGGUACAAUGGCGUCGUCCGCACGAGAUCAACUGCGAUGGCGGUGCGUAUCCGCCAUGGGCGGUCUUUCGAACGCCACUGCCCUCGGAUAUAUGUCAGGGCGUCCUCGGGAACUGUUGGCUGCUCAGCGCUCUGGCCGUGCUGGCAGAACGGGAAGAUCUUGUGAAGGAGGUGCUGGUCACAAAGGAGAUAUGCGGCCAGGGUGCCUAUCAGGUGCGUCUCUGCAAGGAUGGCAAGUGGACGACGGUGCUGGUGGAUGAUCUGCUCCCGUGCGACAAGCGCGGUCAUCUGGUCUACUCACAAGCAAAGCGUAAGCAGCUGUGGGUGCCGCUCAUCGAGAAGGCGGUGGCCAAGAUCCAUGGCUGCUACGAGGCGCUCGUAUCGGGGCGAGCGAUCGAGGGACUGGCCACGCUGACGGGAGCGCCCUGCGAGAGCAUACCGCUGCAGGCAAGCAGCCUGCCCAUGCCCAGCGAGGAUGAGCUGGACAAGGACCUGAUCUGGGCCCAGCUGCUGAGCUCGCGCUGUGUGCGUUUCCUUAUGGGGGCCAGCUGUGGAGGCGGUAACAUGAAGGUGGACGAGGAGGAGUACCAGCAGAAGGGACUGCGACCGCGACACGCCUACUCCGUUCUGGACGUGAAGGACAUCCAGGGCCAUCGGCUACUGAAGCUGCGGAAUCCAUGGGGACAUUAUUCGUGGCGUGGCGACUGGUCGGAUGACUCCUCGCUGUGGACGGAUGACCUGCGCGAUGCCCUAAUGCCGCAUGGUGCCAGUGAGGGCGUCUUCUGGAUCUCGUUUGAGGAUGUGCUCAAUUACUUUGACUGCAUUGAUAUCUGCAAGGUGCGUUCCGGCUGGAACGAGGUCCGGCUGCAGGGUACCCUACAGCCGCUAUGCUCCAUUUCGUGUGUGCUGCUGACGGUGCUGGAGCCAACGGAAGCGGAGUUUACGCUCUUCCAGGAGGGGCAGCGUAACUCGGAGAAAUCGCAGCGGUCGCAGCUGGACCUGUGCGUUGUGAUAUUCCGCACCAGAUCGCCGGCGGCCCCGGAAAUAGGUCGAUUAGUGGAGCACAGCAAGCGGCAGGUUCGCGGCUUUGUUGGCUGCCACAAGAUGCUGGAGCGUGACAUCUAUUUACUCGUCUGCCUAGCCUUCAACCACUGGCACACGGGCAUCGAGGACCCACACCAGUAUCCGCAAUGCAUUCUGGCCAUCCACAGCUCCAAGCGGCUGCUUGUCGAGCAGAUUAGCCCCUCGCCGCACCUCCUAGCCGAUGCUAUUAUCAGCCUCACCCUAACCAAGGGCCAGCGGCAUGAGGGACGCGAGGGCAUGACUGCUUAUUACCUGACCAAGGGCUGGGCAGGUCUGGUUGUGAUGGUGGAGAACCGGCAUGAGAACAAGUGGAUACACGUCAAGUGCGACUGCCAGGAGAGCUACAAUGUGGUGUCCACACGCGGUGAGCUCAAGACGGUGGACUCGGUGCCGCCGCUUCAAAGACAAGUGAUCAUUGUGCUAACGCAGCUGGAGGGCAGCGGCGGAUUCAGCAUUGCCCACCGGCUAACCCAUCGUCUGGCCAAUUCGCGCGGUCUCCAUGAUUGGGGGCCGCCGGGAGCGACUCACUGUCCGCCCAUUGAGAAUGUCCAUGGUCUGCAUGCGCCGCGGCUGAUCACCUAGGAAGGCUGCAGACUGCUGAUCUCCAGGCAUCAGGCUGUGUCUCCUUGUGCUUGUGUGCAUCCAUCCCCCGCUUAUUUCUCAGUCCCUACUCUAGUCGAUGUUUUUUUGUAAACGUAUCAUGCAAGCAAGCCACUGAAUAAUCAGCGAGAAACCAAAACCAAAACAAGCAAACCAAUCGUAUAAUGUAUAUGUGUAUAGAUCCGAGAGCCGGAUCGAAUUAAAUUGAAUUGGAUUGGAUGGAAAGGCGAAUGGAGAUCACAAUCGAGGUUGAUAUUGAGAUGCGGCUCAGUCCGAACUACGGAGAGCGGUGAACUCGGCUAGAUUCCCUCGAGAUCAAUGAACGAUAUAGGUUUUUGAUGUGUGCGCCGACGAUUAUGGAUUAUGGAUAUAUAUAGAUAUGUAUUAUGAAUUUAAGUGCAUCCAAUAUUAAUAUGUGUAUUGUUUUAAAAAUAAAGACUACAAGUUAUAAAAUCAAA